AUGCGGAUGCUGCUAGGGAUGCGGUCGGAGCAGGCGGCCCCGUCACCACGCCCCCCGUGGCCGACGCCGGAGCAGGAGAAACCGGAGAAGAGCAGCAUUAGCAACACCCCAACGGCCAUGGUCCCCAAGGUAUGGGUGAAGGGGUCACUCCAUCUGCGCCCAUUUCUCCCACCGAAUGGCACAGCUGUAGCAACGGCGCUCGAACCGGGGCGGAUCUCCGCCCUCCGGCCAUCCCACCACGGGUGCGGCCACAGCGCGUGCACCUCCCCCUGGACGGGUCGACCAAGCCGCUCCUCCCGACGGAGCCGCUGGCCCUCGAGCGCCUUCGCCGCACCACAUCCAGGUGGUCGCCCCGCAGCAGCAGCGGGGGCGCAGUGCCGCCGCCGCUGGCACCGUCAGGAGCCGAGCAACGGUGCGAUCGACUUCAUCCACACCCAUGCCAAGUACGGCUUCGGAGGCCAUGGUGCGGGCUCAGCUGUUGCUGAGAGUGUGAGAGAGAAGAGAGUCCAGCAGCCAGCCGCUCCAUUUGGCCCAAGGCCCAUUUGCACCGAGGCCCAGCCCGCGCUCUCUCUAACCCUAGCCGCCAGAGAUCGAGCCCAUCUCUCCCUCUCGUCCUCCCACAGCGCCGCCUCCCGAUCCCCUCACCCUCUUCCUCUCGUCCUCUCCCUUGCACCGGCCGCCCGCAGCAACCUCCUCCCUCUCGCCGCCUCGCAGCCUUCCGCCGACGCCCUCUCGCCAUCACCACAGCACCUCGUCUCCCUCCUCGAGCCAGAGGAGGAGCCCCGCACCCGUUUCCCCAGCGCCGACCUCCUCCUCGCUCCCAUGGCGUCGCCGCCCGUCAAGCUCCACCGCCGGCGCCCCGAGUCCUCCGCUCCGCCGUGCCUCCUCCCCUCUGCAGGCCCCACCUCCAUGGCCGCCGCGCCUCCCUCUGCAGCACCAGGCCGGAGCCCCAUCGGCCUCCUCGCCGCCGUCGCGCCCCUUCCAUCUCCAGCCACUCCUCUGCAGCUCCUUCCUCCACCACCGCGUCUUGGCCCUGCCCUCGCCGCGCCCUGCUCCCUUCUGCAGGUGUUGCUCCGCCCUGAGCUGCGGUGCGACUAA